CGUCGUGACGCCGGUGACGUGGAGCGCAUAGUUUGUGUGUGAGAUCCUGUGAUGAUGUCCACUGUCUGGGUGAAUCUCAUCCGCUGUGAUCCACUACAAAUCUCCAGCGGGACUUAUCUUCAUUGACGGGGGGCUCCUUUCCAAUGGCAUGCCAUCAGUCUAGGCUUGAGUCAUCUGAUCGCGCGGGUUGUUCGAUGCGGAUGUCGGAUCCAGCGCAGGGCCGGUGAGGGACGCGCAUGAAGCCGGAGAGAGCAACAGAGGAGCGGCUGUGAUUUCUGCGCUCCUUCGCUGAUCCCCCUGUGUCAACUCAUCAGAGCUCAGUACACAACACACACCUGCAACAUAAUCAGCUUCAGCGGGUUUGAAUAAACACCUUCCAGAUGAGCAGCACAGGAUGCCAGCACCUGAACAACUAGACAUGGAGGUGAUGACCCCUCUAAUGGAGGAAGAAGGAGGUGAGGAGGAGGAGGAUGCAGACGUAGAUGAAGACUCAGAGCAUCUGCCGCAAGGCAUCACGUUUACUCAAACCCUGCUGCAUCUCUUAAAGGGGAAUAUCGGCACAGGAUUGCUUGGGCUUCCUCUAGCAGUGAAGAAUGCUGGGAUAGUGCUCGGUCCGGUCAGUCUGGUUCUGAUGGGCGUUGUAUGCAUUCACUGCAUGCACAUCCUGGUCAACUGCAGUCAUCAGCUCAGUGAGCGGUUGAAGCGUUCCCCCCUCGGUUACAGCAACACGGUUGCAGUUGCCAUGGAGACGAGUUCCUCCCAGUGCCUGAGGAGAGGUGCUCAUGUUGGGAGGCACUUGGUGAAUUUCUUCCUGGUUUUGACCCAGCUGGGCUUCUGUAGCGUUUAUUUUGUGUUCCUGGCUGAGAACAUUAAACAGGUGAUGGAGGGAACUCAUCUGAACAGCUCUGUGGAGACUGUGCUGUUAUACUCCAACAGCUCAGAGGAGGGCGCCGUCUCCCCCACAGCGCCUUCUGUGUCCGCAGCUGCGGGGCUGGACCUGCGGCUCUACAUGGUCUUCCUCCUUCCCUUCAUCAUCGUUCUGACCUUCAUCAGAGACCUGAGGAACAUGGCCGCCCUCUCCGCCAUCGCCAACCUCUGUAUGGCUAUCAGCCUCGUCCUCAUCUACACAUAUAUACUCAACGAUGUGAGUGAUCCCAGACGUCUGCCGUACGCCUCCACGUGGAGGAAGUUUCCCUUCUUCUUUGGAACAGCUAUAUUUGCCUUUGAGGGAAUUGGAGUGGUUCUUCCAUUGGAGAAUCAAAUGAGGGAACCGAAGCGAUUCCCUCAAGCCCUCAACAUCGGCAUGGGCGUCAUCAUCGUCCUUUACGUGACCCUGGCGACGCUGGGAUACCUGCGCUUCAGAGACGACAUCAAAGGAAGCAUCACGCUUAACCUUCCACAUGAUUCCUGGUCUAAUCAGCUGGUGAAGGUCUUGUACUCAUUCGGUGUGUUUGUGAGUUUUGCGGUGCAGUUUUUCGUGCCGGCGGAGAUUCUGGUUCCGCCCGUGUGCGAGCGCGUCAAGAAGAGCUGGAGACGGGUGGCUGAUCUCAGCCUGCGAGCGCUGCUCGUCUGCCUCACCUGUAUAACGGCAGUCUUGAUACCGCGGUUAGAUCUGGUGAUCUCAUUGGUCGGUGCUGUUAGCAGCUCGGCACUGGCGCUCGUCUUCCCACCACUGGUGGAGCUGGUGGCAUUUCCCAGUCAACCUCCUCCUCCUCUCCUGCUCCUCAAAGACCUCUCCAUUGCCGCCCUCGGCUUCAUCGGCUUCCUGACCGGGACUUACGUGACGCUGGAGGAGAUCAUUUAUCCUGACGACCAAGGACAGACCAGUUUCCAUGACAAUGGGAACUGGACCACACCCACUACCUCACCGCCCUGAAGACCACGCCCACAAACGAAGGACCAGUCAAGGCACAUUUCCAUAUUUAAAGGGCACAGUGUCAUUUUGAAUACUGUAACAGCACAGGCGCUUUUUUUGCUCUGGGAUGGAGAGCUUGUCUUAUAAGGGUUGAGGUGGUUUUUUUAUAGCUCAAUUUGUUGUUCAUUCCACAGGCGCAUGCCUGAGGUGCACGGCUGUAGCGCUGAUUGCGAGCGUGUGUGUGUGAGUGAGUGAUGGUGUGCAUGGGAAAUAUUUCCUCUGUACGGCCUUAUGGACUUUCGAUGACUCCACCCUGUUCUAGAUGGAAUGGCUUUGACUCCAUCAGGUCGGUGGAGCGUAUAGCAUGACGGGCCGUCAGCAUUUAACACUCCAGGAGAGCGCUGGAGAAAUAUUGCACACUGUAAAGAAUGUAUGUUCUCGCUGACUAGAGGUAUUAUUAAUAAACCAAUCGUUUCUCCUGAGGCGUGUGAUAUUAAAUUUUUUUUUCUUUGUUCUUUUUUGACUGCUGCAGUAUUCAUGGGGAAUAAUGAGUCUUUUAUUUAAUGACAAACUUUGGAACAUUAAAUGUAUUACAGGCUAUUAAACUGUUAAGUAAAAAUCCACUCUGCAAGUCUGGAUUUUUUUCGGAACUAUUCAGGAUUCAAAACGAGCUGUUUCAACCAUAUUUGUAAUUUCUUGUCAUUUAACACACAUCGUUUUUGACUCAUCCUUCAGUUUGUAAUGACAAGCAAAAAUCAUGUUUGCACUAAUGCAGGAACAAAAGAAGGCAUUCAA